GUUCUCAUGCAGCAUUUGCCAGUGAUCUGUGCCCUGAAGAAGGUUCCCAUCGCAGUGCUUGCCGCGGCGCCUCAGACAUUGGGCAGCGCUGCAGCACCCUUUAGGCCCAAGCAGAAGGAUCUUCAAGCCACCGCCGUAGCCUUGCUAAAGGGCUGUCGGCAGAUCCCGCGCUUGGCAGAGCUGUGCCAGCGUUUGGAGGCGUCCUUGCUCCCGGUGAGAGUGCCCUUCCUCCGCACGGCAGGAGAUGCCCUGGAGCCUGAGGCAGAGAUGCCCGAGAUGCCCAGCCCACCCGAGGAUUUUCAGGCAGCCGUUCCGGAAGAGUUCAUCCAACUUGAGCCGGCUUUUAAGCCGGAGGCCUUCAAAGGUAGAGCGAAAGGCAAAGGCUGGGGGAAGAGCAAGGCACCGAAGACAGCCAUGACCCCAAGAGCCAGGCGGAGCCACAAAAAUCGAGUGGCUUUAAACGGGCCAGAGCUGCGUUACAAGGUGUUGCCUCGCAGCCGCCUGCCACAGAGGCUGCGACGCAGCAGGUCCAGGCCGACCCGGGAUAGCUUACGGGACGAUCCCCAGCAUGUGGUUGAUCCCGCAAUUCGAGCACAGGUGGUUGCGCACCAGGCACAGCUGCUGGAUGAUGCAAUCCGUUUACCGGCAGCUGCGGCGCCAGUCACCGGUCAUAUCAGAGUGAUCACAGAUAUGCACUCAUUACUGCCAGAUGCCAAUUGGCGAUUGGAGUGUCGAGAUGACUUUCUAGCUUUUGAUGUUCUGCACUCUUUGGCACAUCAGGAACUCAAGACAAAGCUGCUAGAGUUUGGCAUCAGAGGCAACUUCGAUACUGAUGCCUGCGGCUAG